GGUCCAUGCACCAGAGUUUCCCUGCUACUGAUGUAAAGGAAACACACCUGGCUUGUCAAAUAAUUGAGCUGCGCUUUCUCUUCUUGCAAAGGUAGCAAUGCCAGUGGAAAGAAUGCGAAUGCGGCCGUGGCUGGAGGAACAAAUAAAUUCAAACAAAAUACCGGGUUUGAAAUGGCUAAACGAGGAAAAAAUGAUUUUUCAGAUUCCCUGGAUGCACGCAGCACGCCAUGGGUGGGAUGUUGAAAAAGAUGCUCCUUUAUUUAGGAACUGGGCUAUUCACACAGGGAAGUUCCAGCCAGGAGUUGAUAAACCAGACCCAAAGACAUGGAAGGCAAACUUUCGAUGUGCUAUGAACUCCUUACCUGAUAUUGAAGAAGUCAAGGACAAAAGCAUAAAGAAAGGAAACAAUGCCUUCCGAGUAUACCGGAUGCUGCCGUUAUCUGAGAGGCCUUCAAAGAAAGGUAAAGGAGAGGAACAUUGCGGAUAUUCUGGAGAUCGAGAGAGCCAUGCUGAUAGUGGGCUGCUUCCUACAUUAGAAAGAAACCAAGGAAGACAAAAUGAAAAACAAUUAAGCAAGAACCAGAGAUCGUCGUAUGAACUGAGUAAUGGAACAUGCCCAGGGGUUUCUGAUUACUGCUUAUCUCCAGCAAUAAAAGCUGAAGUCGACAGCACAAUAAACAUUGUAGUUGUAGGAGAUGCGCAUUUUGAGUGUGGUUCUGAGGAUCAUAUGAUAGUUCCCAAUCCACCUGAUGUUUGCCAAGUAGUGGAAGUGACAACAGAAUGUGAUGACCAACCCAGCAGUGUGAGUCAGUUGUAUCCACUACAGAUCUCCCCAGUCUCCUCCUAUGCAGGUAAGAAACAUUGCACUCGCAAAAGAACUUGGGUCUUGGUUUCAGUCAGUGCCAUGUUUUAACUUUUGGUAGGUAGG